AACGGAAGCACCAACUAUCCAUAAGUGAGAACUUUCCACAAGUCUUCAAUCGAAAAAGAAUAGAAACUUCACUCUUUUCCACGGUGUAGUACUACUUGAGUAACCAGCACUUUUAACCCAUUCACAAAGACAAGUCCCAAAACUCAAAAGUCUCUCUAACCCACAUCCACAACCACCACCACCAUCACAAUUUAGAUCCCAAUUCUCUCCCAAAAAAAAUCAAAUCCGUAGGAAAUGGCACUAAGCAACAACAUCACAGCACUUCUAAACUUCAUAGCACUACUCUGCUCAAUACCCAUAAUCGGUUCAGGAAUUUGGUUAUCAUCAAAACCAGACAACGAAUGCAUAAGUCUAUUCCGGUGGCCAAUUCUCUUCAUAGGAAUACUAAUCCUCUUCGUUUCAUUAGCUGGUUUCGUUGGUGCUUAUUGGAACAAACCGGGUCUUCUAGCUUGUCAUCUUUUCUGUAUGUCUAUUCUUAUUGUUGCUCUUCUCUUUGCCGUCGUUUUCGCGUUCAUCGUUACGAGACCGGACGGAAGUUUUCUGGUUCCCGGCAGAGGUUACAAAGAGUAUAAGCUUGAUGGGUUUAAUAAUUGGUUGCAGAAUUAUGUGAAUAAAGGUGGGAACUGGGGGAAAAUCAAGACUUGUCUUUCUGCUUCUAAUGUUUGUGAUAAGGUUUCUCAGCAUAAUUAUGUUUCUGCUGAUCAGUUUUUCAUGUCCCAUGAUAUAUCUCCUCUUCAGUCAGGAUGCUGUAAGCCGCCGACGGUUUGCGGAUACGGGUACGUGAAUCCGAUUUUAUGGCUUAACCCGACGAAUCCCACCGCAGAUCCAGAUUGUUAUGCCUGGAACAAUGAUCAGUCUCAACUAUGCUACGGAUGCAAUUCUUGCAAAGCUGGUCUUCUGGGAAACCUUAGGAAGGAAUGGAGGAAAGCUAAUGUGGUUUUGAUCAUUUCAGUGGUGAUACUAAUUGUCAUUUAUGUUAUUGGUUGCUGCGCUUUCAAGAAUGCACAGACCGAAGAUCUUUUUGAUAGGUACAAGCAAGGCUGGGUCUAAAUGCAAGUCUACUUUCAACUCUCGAAGAUUUUCUUUUGGAGAUGCGGUGUUAAGCUGAUUGUACAAAAACAGUGCACAAUUCUUGCCAGAUUAUUGUUAUCACUCUUGCAGGCUAAGUUGAUGUACAUAUUGCUGAAAUAUGCUCCAUUUUGUGCAUUUUGAAAUUGGAUCGACUCAAUUUACACAAAUUUCUUGCUGAGACUAUUAGUCCUACAUUAUCUGGGUUAUCUAAGAUCCCGCGGUUUAUAAUUUUUAGAGUAAAGCCACUUCAUUCGUAUUCAAUUGGUUUUGAGUUGGAUUCCCAUA